AUGUCCAGUCAUGAGUGGUUCGACUCCAUCGGACGGCCACAGUUUGUGGUUGCUCCUAUGGUUGAUGCCAGUGAGUUGGCAUGGCGGCUACUCUGUCGUAGACAUGGUGCAACCUUAUGUUAUACGCCUAUGUUUCACAGUAAUGUUUUCACUAAAGAUCCAAAGUACAGAAAAGAUAGUAUGGUGACGUGCAAAGAAGAUCGGCCGCUGAUUGUUCAGUUUUGUGGUAAUAAUCCAGAAACAAUGGCAGCUGCUGCUAAACUUGUAGAAUCACAUUGUGAUGCUAUAGAUAUAAAUCUCGGAUGCCCUCAAUCAAUUGCUAAAAGAGGAAGAUAUGGCUCAUUUCUGCAAGAUGAAUGGGACUUGCUAAAACAAAUUAUUGGUGCUAUGUCUGCAGCAGUCUCAAUUCCAAUAACAUGUAAAGUAAGAAUUUUUGAAGAUAUCAAUAAAUCUGUUGAAUAUGCGUUAAUGUUACAAGAAGCAGGGUGUAAAUUACUUACAGUUCAUGGAAGGACAAGGGAACAAAAGGGUCCUUUAACUGGCAUUGCAAGUUGGAGACACAUAAAGGCAGUUAGGGAAGCAAUAUCAAUACCCAUGUUUGCCAAUGGGAACAUUCAGUGUUUGGAAGAUGUGUAUAGGUGCUUAAAUAAUACUGGAGUAGAUGGAAUAAUGAGUGCAGAAGGUAUUCUCACAAACCCAGCCCUUUUUCAAGGUAUUAACCCAGUCACAUGGGAAAUGGCAGAAGAGUACCUUGAUUUGGUAGAGAAAUAUCCAUGCCCAUCUUCUUACAUCAGAGGCCAUUUAUUUAAAAUAUUCCACAAAAUAUUUUCUUUACAAGAAAACAAUGAAGACAGACAACUCUUGGCUACAGGGCAAAACUUAAAUGACUUUAGAAGAGUGUGUAUCAAUGUCAAAGAUAAAUAUCUACCCUAUCAUGAAGGACAAUUAUUUUUUGAUGAUGAUGAAAACAUUUGUAGACAUGGUUACAACUUGAUACUGCCACCUUGGAUAUGUCAACCAUAUGUAAGAAUGUCUCCUGAAGAACAUACUCAGAAAAUGGAAAAAAAGCUACACAGUAACGAGGACAGUGCUGUUGAAGCAAAAAGAAAAUUUGAAGAUACUGAUGGAAAUGCUAUCUCUCGAAAAAAAAUGAAAAAGCUAAUAAGAAUUAUGAGAAGACCAGAGAAACAAGAUAAUGGUGGCAGAAGUGGUGAAUAUUGCGUUAGGGAAAAAUGCCCCAACCCAUUGGGUAAAAAGUGUGUCUAUCAGCUUUGUAAGAAAUGUUGCAAAGAUAAAUGUUACGAAGAAAACCUAGACUGCACAGGUCAUAGAAUACUAGUACACACUAAACGUAAAAUUGCCAGGGAGUUUUCAAAAGAACUUGUUAGGAAAACAGAAUUAACAGCAAAUUAA